AUGUCCAAAGUGGCCAAAUAUCGGCGACAAGUUAGUGAAGAUCCAGACAUUGACAGUUUGUUGUCGACUCUGUCUCCAGAGGAGAUGGAAGAGCUGGAGAAGGAGCUGGAUGUGGUGGAUUCGGAUGGAAGCAUCCCUCUGGAGCUCAGUGAGAAAAACCAAACAGAAAAUUCCCCACCUGGCCCACAAAACUGCGACGCAGUGCUCAAUCACUGCGAAAAGGAGAGCAGGAAACUUAUUCAGAGGGAACACUCCAUAGACGAAAGCCGAUCGAGCGAGAAGAAGGGAGCCAAGAAUGAAGAAGAAAAGGGAAAGGAAACUCCUUCCAAAGACGUGGCCCGAAAACAAGAUACCAAAGCAGGGAAAGACUCUAAAAAGGAAGAAAGUGUUCAGAAAACAGACCCAAAAGUUAAAGCUGAGGCUGAGACCAAGACCAAAGAGGAGAAGGCUAUUAAUGACAAAGUCAAGGCCAUGGAGAAAAAGCUGCUGGGGAAGGACAAAAAGGAGGAAGAGAAGGGCUCAGCGUUAAAGAAGGAUGAAGAAGAGAAGGGCUCAGCAGCAAAGAAGGAGACAGGGAAGGACAAAAAGGAAGAAGAAAAGGGUUCUGCAUUGAAGAAGGGCACAGGGAAGGAUAAAAAGGAGGAAGAGAAGAGUUCAGGAUUGAAGAAAGAGGCAGAAAAAGACACAAAGGCAGACGAUAAGAAAGAAAAAGACAAAAAAGAAGAGGAAAAGAGUUCGGCUUUGAAAAAAUCAAAGGCAGAUGAGAAGGAGAAAUCCCAGCCAGAGGCAGAAAAGGCAGCGGAGGAGAAGCAGGAGGCCAAGGCGGCGGCCGAGAGCAGCCCCGCCAAGCCCACCACCGGCAGCUCCCCGGAUCAGGCCAAGGAUGACGAAGCCUCCAGCAUUUUCGAUGAGCUCAUCGAGAAGGUGAAGAACAACGACGCCGAGGUCACCGAAGUGAACGUGAACAACUCGGACUGCAUCAACAACGAGACCCUGGUGCGCUUCACCGAGGCCCUGGAGUUCAACACCGUGGUCAAGCUGUUCGCCUUGGCCAACACCCGUGCCGACGACCACGUGGCCUUCGCCAUCGCCAUCAUGCUGAAAUCCAACAAGGUGCUGACGAGCAUCAACCUGGACUCCAACCACAUCACGGGCAAGGGCAUCCUGGCCAUUUUCCGGGCGCUGCUGCAGAACAACACGCUGACGGAGCUGCGUUUCCACAACCAGCGGCACAUCUGCGGGGGGAAGACGGAGAUGGAGAUCGCCAAGCUCCUGAAGGAAAACACCACGCUCCUGAAGCUGGGCUACCACUUCGAGCUGGCCGGACCACGCAUGACAGUCACCAACCUGCUGAGCCGAAACAUGGACAAACAGAGGCAGAAACGCCUCCAGGAGCAGAAACUGGCACAGGAGCGCGGGGAGAAGAAAGACCUCCUGGAGGUGCCCAAGGCCGGCGCCCUGCCAAAGGGUUCCCCCAAGCCAUCCCCGCAGCCAUCCCCCAAGGCUUCCCCCAAAAGCUCUCCCAAGAAAGGGGGGGCGCCCGCCGCGCCGCCCCCACCUCCUCCUCCACUCGCCCCACCACUGAUCAACGAGAACCUGAGGAACUCGCUCUCGCCGGCCACGCAGAGGAAGUUGGGAGACCGGGCGCUGCCGGUCCAGGAGAAGAACUCACGGGACCAGCUCCUGGCGGCCAUCCGCUCCAGCAACCUCAAACAGCUCAAGAAGGUGGAGGUACAGAAGCUGCUGCAGUAG